AUGGACGACGAGCAACGCCGUCAAGAUGACUGGGCCAAGGACCGCAAGAACCGCCUCCCCACAUUCACCGAAGUUCUCUCCCGCCGCACACGCCCACCAGUCGAUCUCUUCAUGUUCUAUCUUUUUCUCCAGCGUGAAGGCGCGGAAGACAUACUAGACUUCUGGCUCGACGUUCAGCAGCAUGAGAACCUCUGCCGCGCAUAUUUCAAAGACGUUCGCAAGUCGGGGCGUGCGAUCCGGGAGGAUUGGCCGGAGUACUGGGACUAUGCACGGAGACGGGGCUCCAUCUACGGUACCGUCGUUGGUCUCAAUCCGCAGACGGGCACGAAGAGGAGCACGGCGAGCACGGGCGAGAUGAUGUCCGAGCACGACAGGCUCAACCUGGGCGACGAGAAGGCCGCUCGCAGCCCCAGCCCCCGCAUUACCUCUGUCUCCCCAGGGGUCACUGCUGUCGGCACGACGGAGCCUCCACGGUCCACGACCCCGUUCUCGCUCUCCGGCCGGACCCCGACCCUCUUCAAACGCGCCUCCCGCGCCCCGACCAUCAUCCCCCGCUCCCAGGCGAUCACCCGCCAGGACCUCGUCGCAUCCGCGGAGCGCAUCUACUACCGCUACCUCUCCCCCGCCGGUACCGCGCCCGGCUCGAACGAGAACCACGAGAUCUACCUCCCGCCCGCGCUGCGCAUCCACUCCUUCCCUCUCUCGAGCACCCACGAGCCCAAGUCGCAGAGCGAGGUCGCCAUCAUGGCCCAGAUCCCGGACAUGUUCCACUCCCAGAAGGAGUACUGCUACCGUGCGAUGGAGCAGGACGCCUUCCCGCGCUUCCUCCGCGCAAAGGCGUUCGGGAACCUCACCCCCGUCUCCGCCCUCGUCCGCCUCGUCGCCGGCCUCGUCACGCUCUGGAUCGGCCUCGCCGCCGGUUUCUCCCUCAUCUUCCUCGACGUCCAGCCCAAGUCCAAGCGUUUCUUCCUCUUCAUACCGUACACGCUCGCCGUUCUAUUCCUCAUCUCGCACCAGUACGAGCUCGACCCGAUCCUCGUCUUCUUCGGCCAGUCCGAGUCCACGCCCUUCCGCACGCUGCACAUCCGCGAGGCGUACGUCAAGAAGCUCCUCCUCGGGCGCGCGAUAUGGGUCUCCGUGCUCGUCGCCGCCGUCUCCGUCGCGCUGACGAUGAUCUUCUGGGCCGUGCCCGGACACCGGCUGUAA